AAAACAGUUCGAUUUCUCAAACGAGAAUGGUGUAUCGAACAUUGUAUAAGUCACUGGUUUAGAUAAGAAGAGCUGCUGAUACAGUAUAUAUAUGUGAAAUAGCCUAGUGCUUACAGUUUUGUUUUCUUCUUCAUUGGCUAGCCGGUGUCUGCUGGGCUAAGGCUGGGCUGGAGCCUGGAGUUCAUGUCGGUACUGAUCAAAUUUGAAAUUGUGUAUUGAAUACAUAGUUAUCAAGAUCGUUUUGUGUUUUGAAGAGGCUUAUCUUUAAGAAGAUUUUAAAAAUGAGUGCGAACGUCUUGGUUAUUGGAGGAGGGGGUCGAGAACAUGCUAUUUGUUGGAAACUUGCCAUGUCUCCUAAGGUGAAGAAAGUGUACGCAGCACCUGGAAAUGUUGGUAUUGGAGAAAUGUCUAAAGCAGAAAAUGUUGAUCUGAAUCUCAAAGAUUUCAAAGCAGUAGCAGAAUGGUGCAUAAGAGAGGACGUAUCCUUGGUGGUUGUUGGGCCAGAAGAUCCACUGGCCAAUGGCAUUGCAGACACACUGGUAGCGGCAGGUAUCAAAUGCUUUGGACCGUACAAGUUGGCUGCGAGGAUUGAAGCUUAUAAGGACUGGGCGAAGGAAUUUAUGAAAAGACAUGACAUACCCACUGCUCGCUGGGAGACCUUCACAGAUUUUUCUAAAGCAAAGGAAUUUAUUUACAGGUUUGUUAGUAAACAAGAGUUCGUUAGUUAUCCAAAAUUCUUGGUAUGUCAUCUUUAUUACACAAUGUACAUUCACAAGAUGAACAGGUGCAUUGUUACUAUAACUAAAAAAACUACCUUAAGAAUAAAAUAAAAUGGAUAUGAUAAAUAAAUAAGUCAGAAGUCAGAAUAUUCUUUAUUACAAUUUCUUUAAGAAAUGCAAUGGUGUCAAAACA